UUACGACUGCACAUAUGCCACAACGAUAAAAUGACGUAAAAUUGUGGCUCUAAUUUUCCAAACUCUCUGUGAUUGAGACUAUCAGCAACCUUCUUUAAAAUUAACGAUACGAUUUGGUUAAUAUAAUAUUAUAUACAUAAAACAAUCUUUUCAUUCAUUCGUAAUAUAACUAUGAAUCAAUGGGCUACUAUUAAACGUUAAAUAUAGUAAAAGUUAUGUUAAAAGGUUAUACACAUAACUGACCGAGGAAGGAAUAAAUUGAGUAGUCUAACCAUGGAUUCAUAUGUAAGUUGUAUAAAAAUUCGUGGGAUGCCAAUUCUUCCUCCUCUUAUGACUGAUAACCUGCGUGCAGAAAUGAAAUAUUAUAAGCAGUUGGCUUUAGCAGUUGAAGAAAAAUUAUCAAGAUUAGAAUUAGAAACAAACCAAAAAGAUGAAGAAGAAAUUGAUAAUUCUUCUUCUUAUGAGCAUGAAACCAUGAGUGAGAAAAAGUCAAUGACAUUAAGCCGGCAAGAAAGUCUUUUAAGCUCAGGAAUAGAAAGUCCCGAUCAUUUAUCAAAAAUAUCUAAUGAUAAAAUAAAUUUUGAAGUACUCGAAAAUAAAUCAAAAGUAACAUCGGAAGAUGCAACUUUCCCAAAAAACACAGAUGUCCACAUAUAUUCGAAUACACUAGACUUAUCAAGAACUGAUGCAUUAGAAACAAUAUCUGGAAUAGGUAAACCUCAAGUGCCCAAUAGUUUGAAUAUUAUUCCAAUAACAGUAGAAACUCCAACAACAAACAAAAAGAAAUCUUCAUCGGAAAUAGAAGAAUCUGAAGAAGAAGCCCCAAAAUUAAUCAGACAGGGUUCUUAUACAUUAGAAACACCAAGUUCAAUGUUAUUGGCUUACAUAGAACAGUCUGAAUACAGUAGUGGGCUUACAUCAUCAAUAAAUGAUGAAAAAGUAAAAGAAUUUAAUUCAAUUGAAAUUCAGCCGGAAUUGAGAAAUUUGGAGAAACAAAAAGAAUUUUUAAUAAAAAAAAAUAAUACAAAUAAUGCCAAUAAACGGAGAAGUAGUAUAUCAGGAAAUGAAAAUAAGUAUCGAGAAAAUAAUAAAGCUUUCGAAACAACUGAUAAACAAUUAGUAGGAGAAAUACAUCAAGUUGCUCGAUCGAUGGAUUGCAUUCAAACGAUGUUAUCAAAAGAAUACAUUUGUGGAAUGACAAAUUUCAAAAGAAAUUGUUCUAAUAGAAGAUCAAAAGAUAAUGGUCAUACUGUAAAUAAGAAUAAUAUGUGUAAAACUACUGAUAACGCAUCAAUCUCUCAUUUACCUAAUAAACUUGGAGGAUCUUUAGGAUCAUUAAGUUAUGAAAAGUCUCCAAAUAAAUGUGACGACAAUAAUAGAAUGACUAAAAGUUUUGAAACUUCGUUUCCUGAUAGUUAUAAUAAAGAGAAUGUUAAUAAAAUUAAAUCAAUAACUUCUGAUAAAUUAAUGUACGUGUUUAAAGAAAUUCAAAAAACUCAUCAACGACAAAUGGCUGAUUUAAUGGCCCGACAACAACGUGAACAAAUAAUACUACAGCAAGAAUUUGAAAAACAGCAAUUAGUACUUCUCGAACAAUUAGAAAAAUCUUUUCCAGGAGUUUCUAUGCCAUCUAUUGUUAAUAAAUACGUAAGAUCACCAGUAUAUGAUAACAAUCAACAUAAAUAUUCAAAAAAUUCAGUUUCACUGCCAAAAUCACGUCAAAAUCAUUCGGAUGGCGAAUCAAGCAUAUUCAAUGGUAGCUCUUUUGAAUCUGAAGGAAGUAUUUCUAUUAAUUGUGUAUCAACUAGAGAUACUUCUUUUUCCGAAAAAGUUAAUAGUGAAAAAAAGAAAUCUAGUGUUAGUCGGCAACUUUUUUGUGAAGAAACACAACAUCAUCGUAACCUUAUCAUUAAUGGUUCUGCUUACAAUGAAAAACAUAUCAAAGCGGCCACAAUUAUCAAUGCUUACGCUCGAGGUUAUUUAGUAAGAAGACUUAUGAAAACUGAACGUGUUAUGACAUUAAAAAAUACUUAUAAAGAGGCAUUACAUUGUAUGUUAAAGCUUCAUGUUGAUGCACCUUGGGAAUUGCCUGAGUUAAAUUUUCAUAAACGUUUACAACAUCAAUGUGAUGCAGCAUCAAUUAAUAUUGUUGAAUUAUUUGCGCAAAGUCCUGCUAAUAGAAUGGAAAUUAUUUUCCACGAUAGACAAAUUAAAAAAUGUCGUCAAGAAAGACCAUCAUCUACAAGAUCUACUUACUCAUUUGCAACACAACGAACUUUAGCAAGGAAAAAAUUUAAAGAAUUAGGAAUAGCUCAAUUACCGGUAGCUGCAAAAAAUAAUUACAGUGCAAGAACAAGGUGUCAAACAUGGACAUCUAAUUCACGAGAAAAACGUUCUCCUGCAUUAAUUAAUCAAGGAAUAAAACGAAGCACAAGUGCAGGUGCUGUCCGUAAGCCAUGGCGAUAACGAGAUUGUGUGCCUUAGUAUUAAAUAAUAUCUAAGUCAUACAACCAUAAGUACAAACUUUUAUACUAAUUUAUUUAAUGAAAAUGUAAAUAAAACUCACCUAGUGCCUGAAAUAUUACGUUUUAAAAAUAUUCAAUAAGUAUUUAUCUAUAAACGCUUACUCUAAUUAAUGUUGAUGAA